GCUACGACCCGCGGCGGUGUCCGAGCCGGGGCGCGACCGCCGGCCCAGCGUCACCAUCACGUCGCCUGGCUCUCCGGAGACCUAUCGGAUAAGAAGCCAUUCCCCUUCGAUCUCGGGGAAGCUACAGCUCAAGCUAUGGUUCGAGCCGGCCAACCAGCAGCUCGUGGUGACCAUCGUCAGCGCCGUGGACCUUCCUCCCAGGGCCACGGGCCACCCCAGGAACCCCUACGCCAAGAUGUUUCUUCUUCCAGACAGAAGUGAGAAGUCCAAACGAAGAACCAAGCCCAUAACCAACAGCCUGGACCCGCGCUGGAACCAGACCUUCAGCUACUGCCCGCUCCGCCGCGCCGAGCUCAAGUACCGCUCGCUGGAGAUCACGGUCUGGGACUACGAUCGCUACGGCGCCAACGACUUUCUCGGCGAGGUGGUGGUGGACCUGAACGCGGCGCCCCUGGAUGACGAGCCUGAGUGGUACUACCUUUCAUCCCACGAAGAUGCUCUCCCGCCACACAUGCGUCGCAGCAUGUACGUGGACACGGAGUCAGCGUCGACCAACCCCUCGACGGACCACCUGUCCCCCCCUUCCACUACCUCUCGUCUUAGCGAGUCCGACAUGAGCGACCUUGACCUUGAAGACUCACUCCAUCGAGAACGACGGACCGACGGCGCCUCCAUCAGCAGCGUGGGCUCCUCCUCCAGCCCGCCGCCUGAGGACCGCCAGAUGGUCAUCAGCUCCGGCCUGGACCACCGCUCGCGGCGAGACACCACCUCCCCUCCCGGGCGUCGACGCAUCGCUACCAUCGUGGGACGCGAAGACCUCAGAUACCGCUCCAAGGACCCGGGUCUUCCCACUCACUCCUCCCGCGCCCGUAGCCAGUCCGCGGCGCCCACAGACUCGCCUUCUCUGCACGUGUCUCGCUCACGCAGCAAGUCUCCUCGACGCGCGCCCGAGCAGCCCGCUAGUCGCUCCCUCUCCCCUCCCGAGGCCAGGCCGGGCUACGGAGGGUCCGGAAGGAUGCCAUCUCGGAGUGCCACCGCGACGCCCACGGGGUCACCCAAGAAGCGGCAGUUGCCCCAGAUCCCAUCGGCGCUCCAGCUCUCCUCCAGGGACAAGGUCACGCAGGACCUCGAGGAGCGAGCGAGGCAGAUGAAGAUGAGGAUGCGGCAGAUGCAGUCCUUCAGGCCCGGAGGCUCUGGCUCCGACUCAGAGCUGGGCAUGAGGACCCACGACAGGUACUACCGGGGCCGGGGCGGUCUCGUCUCGCCCGAGAGGGACCCGGAGCGCGACUGCGGGGACUCUGUCAGCGACAUAGAGAGCGUUGUUAGUGCCUUCUCCACCCAGAGCGAAAGGCCGCGUGGGACCAGGAAGUUUAGUGAGUUUAGCCAACGGGAGACCGCAUACGGAUCCAUGGGCGUGAACUACGGCGGAACAAGUAAGCGGGGUCAGCUGGGCAGGAGCCGGUCCACCAGCGAGGUCCCCGAGACAGAAAAAACUGAUGGCAGCCUGAGCGGACUCCUGCGGCUGUGCCUAGCUCACAUGCGUGGGCCUCCAAGAAGGAGCGCAGGAGAGCCUUGA